UCAUGCUUCCUGGCUUCACUCACAUGCUCAGAGAAGGAAGAGCUGUAGAAACUUAGCAAUACAUAAAACAGCUCUGUCUAUUUUAACCCGCCCAGGUUUGGACUCAGGAUUUUCUUAAAUCUCGUGCGGUGUGUUACAGAUUUUAUCUACGGAACAGGGCCAGGUCAUUGUGACUGUUUUUUUUUGUUAAGCUUUUUAGUUUGGAUUGUAUUCCAACUAUAGGUGAACGAGUGUGUAUGUGUGUGAGUGUGUGAGUGUGUCUUAGUUAGUCUGUAUGAGUGCGUGAGAAGGAACAAGGACCAAAAUGAUUGCAGCUCAACUACUAGCCUAUUAUUUUACAGAACUCAAGGAUGACCAGGUCAAAAAGAUUGAUAAGUACCUGUACUCCAUGCGUUUCUCUGAUGAGACCUUACUGGACAUCUCUCAGCGUUUCAGAAGGGAGCUGGCAAAAGGACUCGGUCGGGACAGUAAUGCUACGGCUUCACUGAAGAUGCUGCCAACAUUUGUGCGGUCAAUCCCUGAUGGGUCAGAGAAAGGAGAUUUCAUUGCUUUGGAUUUGGGAGGCAGUAACUUCAGGAUCCUUCGUGUCAGAGUGAGCCAUGAGAAGAAGCAGACUGUUCAGAUGGAGAGCCAAAUCUAUGACACACCAGAGGACAUCAUUCACGGCAGUGGAACAAGACUGUUCGACCAUGUGGCAGAGUGUCUUGGCAACUUCAUGGAAAAACACAACAUCAAAGACAAAAAACUCCCAGUCGGUUUUACCUUCUCCUUCCCCUGCCAGCAGACCAAACUAGAUGAGGGCUAUUUGUUAACAUGGACAAAGCGUUUCAAAGCGAGUGGGGUAGAGGGGAUGGAUGUUGUCAAGCUACUCAACAAAGCUAUUAAGAAAAGAGGAGACUACGAUGCAGACAUCAUGGCUGUAGUAAAUGACACUGUGGGAACGAUGAUGACCUGUGGCUUUGAUGACCAGCGCUGUGAAGUUGGCAUCAUCAUAGGUACAGGUACUAAUGCGUGCUACAUGGAGGAGCUGCGGCACAUUGACCUGGUGGAGGGAGACGAGGGCAGGAUGUGCGUGAACACUGAGUGGGGGGCUUUCGGAGACGACGGCAGGCUGGAGGACAUCAGGACAGAGUUUGACAGAGAGAUAGACAGAGGCUCUCUCAACCCAGGCAAACAGCUUUUUGAGAAGAUGGUAAGUGGAAUGUACAUGGGGGAGCUGGUUCGUCUCAUCCUGGUGAAGAUGGCCAGAGAAGGGCUUCUGUUUGAAGGAAGGAUCACCCCAGAGCUGCUCACCAAAGGGAAAUUUGAGACCAAGCACAUCUCAGCCAUAGAGAAGAGUAAGGAAGGACUGACCAAGGCAAGAGACAUUUUGAACAGACUUGGUGUGGAGCCCUCUGCGGAUGACUGCAUUGCUGUGCAGCAUGUUUGUGCCAUUGUCUCUUUCCGCUCUGCCAGCCUGGUAGCUGCCUCACUUGCUGGCAUCCUGAUGAGGCUUAAGGAAAAUAAAGGAGCGGCACGACUCAGAACCACUGUUGGCAUUGACGGGUCUCUGUACAAAAUGCACCCACAAUAUGCACGUCGUCUUCAUAAGACAGUCCGACGUUUGGUCUCUGACUCUGAUGUCCGAUUCCUCCUCUCUGAGAGCGGCAGCGGAAAGGGUGCUGCCAUGGUAACAGCUGUGGCUUACCGACUUGCUGAACAGUCCCGACAAAUUACUCAAAUACUGUCUGAAUUCCAGCUGACGACUGAACAACUGCUGGAGGUAAAGAAGAGGAUGAGGAUAGAGAUCCAAAAUGGCCUUUCAAAGAGCACUCACGACUCUUCCACUGUCAAAAUGCUGCCAACCUUUGUACAAAGCACACCUGAUGGGACAGAGAAUGGUGAUUUCUUGGCUCUGGACUUGGGAGGAACAAACUUUAGAGUUUUAUUGGUCAAGAUUCGUUCUGGAAAGAGGAGAAGCGUCGAGAUGCAUAACAAGAUCUACGCCAUUCCUCUAGAGGUGAUGCAAGGAACAGGAGAGGAGUUGUUUGAUCACAUUGUGCAGUGUAUCAGUGACUUCCUGGACUACAUGGGGAUGAAGAACACUCGUCUACCUCUAGGCUUCACCUUCUCUUUCCCCUGCCAACAGACUAGUCUGGAUGCUGGUAUCUUGGUGACGUGGACCAAGGGUUUCAAGGCCACAGACUGUGAAGGAGAGGAUGUGGUGGGACUGCUGAGGGAGGCUAUUAAGAGAAGAGAGGAGUUUGACCUGGAUGUAGUGGCUAUAGUUAACGAUACUGUGGGAACCAUGAUGACUUGUGCCUACGAAGAACCCACCUGUGAGGUUGGUCUUAUUGCUGGCACUGGCAGCAAUGCAUGCUACAUGGAAGAGAUGAAGAACAUUGAGAUGGUCGAGGGUGAUGAGGGACAGAUGUGUGUUAACAUGGAGUGGGGUGCUUUUGGAGACAAUGGAUGCCUUGAUGAUAUUAGGACCGAGUAUGACCGUGCUGUGGACGACCUCUCACUCAAUCCAGGAAAACAAAGAUAUGAGAAAAUGUGCAGUGGCAUGUACCUUGGUGAAAUUGUGCGCAACAUCCUCAUAGACAUGACCAAGAAAGGUUAUCUGUUCAGAGGACAGAUUUCUGAAACCCUGAAGACCAGAGGCAUCUUCGAAACAAAGUUCCUUUCACAGAUAGAGAGUGACAGAUUGGCUUUGCUACAGGUGAGAUCCAUUCUGCAACACUUAGGCCUGGACAGCACGUGUGACGACAGUAUCAUUGUUAAAGCGGUGUGUGGAACGGUGGCACACCGUGCAGCUCAGCUUUGUGGUGCAGGAAUGGCAGCUGUGGUUGAUAAGAUAAGGGAGAAUCGUGGCCUGGACCAUCUGAAAAUCACUGUGGGGGUAGACGGGACACUGUACAAAUUACAUCCACACUUUUCUGGGAUCAUGAAGGAGACUGUUAACGAACUGGCUCCUCAGUGUACCGUCAACUUCUUGCUGUCAGAGGACGGCAGUGGGAAGGGAGCUGCACUCAUCACAGCUGUGGGCUGCCGGCUCAGACAGGAGCUGAACAGUAAAUAAAAAAUCUCCCUCAUCCACUGUCUCCUUUUCUUCCAAAUCGAACCAGUCCAGUCAACACAUCGCGCUCCGGUAGCUGCUUUUUACAUGACUCAAAGAAUGGGAGACAGCUUUGUCGUUUGUGUUUAGCAGCAGAGGGCCAGUAUCUCUGUGGUAGAUAGAUCAAUUUUAAUCAAACAUUUUAACAGCACACAAACUCUAUAGAGUUUUUGCAGUUUUGUGAUCUCUGAUGGUAAAUCUGUCAUAGGGAUGAAAUAACUCUGUUAAAGAAACAACAGAAUAUGACAUUUAGGGAGGGAAAAGUAAAAAAAAAAAAAAGGUUUUAUACAAUCUCGUGAUGCUCCUCUAACUCCAUCUAGAGGUUUCAUCUGGUACUGCAGUUUAUUACAUUUUAUUUUUCCCAGCACAACCGUUGCCAAGUAAAGCCUUGAUCCUUGCAACGUGUUACAGAGACAUAAAAACAUAGUUUUUGAUAAACCUGUGUCUACUGUCUACUGAAGACUUCUUUCUGUCUGUACAGGAAGACUUUAAAGGGAUAUUAGAUGGUUUAUAAAUGUGUAAUUGAGAUGAAAGGGAAUACUUUUUGCUUUAAAGUUUUUCAUAUCUUACCCAGAUGUGAUACAAAAAAUUAUACAUGAAUACAUUAUUUAUUAUAUUUUAAUGUUGGGAGAUGUUACUGUUGCAAUGAUGACACACACACAGAGAAAACCACUGAUGAUCUUUUCUCUACCAUCACAGGGAAUUUGCACUGUGGAAAUAGCCAUUUUAUGUGUUUGCUGAAUGUUCACAUCUAGUGUAAUAUGCAGCAGCAAUAUAUUUUUUAAUCUUAUUCUAUGGUGAAACAUGUCCUGCUGUUACUGAUACUACCUGCAGCUGCUGAUAAACUGUUGUCUAAAGAAAUUCUGUCGGCACUCCUCACCAAGGUGAGACCAUGAAACAGGAAUUUGGUGCUAAUAUAGAUGCCGAAGAAACAACAAUGGCCAAACUGUGUAUAAAUUUAAGAACAUUGCAGCAGAUGAUAUGUUAAGAUUUUUAAACAUUUGGGCUAAAAAAAAGUGCAUCCCUAUACUCUAAUGUACUGUAUGAUGGAUUACUCAGCAGAAGCCAUGAAUAUUUAUUUUUCUUCUACACACACACACACACACAUAUAUAUGGCCAUGUAAAGAUAUUCACCUACAGUUUUUUUUUUUUUUUUUUAAAUCAGUGUUCAGGCUGAUGUUUCUGAACAUAUAAAGAUACUUGAGAUCAUAAGCAGAAAAAUGGUCUGAGAUCAAUGAGAACAGGAUAUUCUCACUAGUGGGUAUGGAGCAUAAUUUAAUCUGUGUUAGAUUUUAAAUUAAUGCCCUGAAAGCUUUUUUGCCUUUUAAUCAGAUGGCUGGGAUAAAGAAGGCAAGCUUCUCCAGCAUGUCCUCAGCUAUGCUUCCUUCAUGUUCUCCUCUAGUCUAAAAACUAAAACCACCAAAGCUUUGCUUUUGUUGACAUAUCCUAGACUGUAUCUGUCCAACACUGUUAAUGUGUCACUCAAUAAAAUCAAACCUGUGUCCAUCUGA